AUGACGCCGCUACUGCUGCUUCUGCUGCUGCUCCUGUUGUGGCAGCUGCUAAUGAUGAUAAUAAUCAAAAAGACCAGCGACAACAACAACAGCAACAACAACAGAACCAACAACAACAACAAAACCAGCAGCAACAACAAAAUAUCCAACAACAACAACAACGGCCAAACUUGGAUGACGUUUGUUCGUGUGUGUUUAUCGUACGCAACAGAUCUCAAGGUCAACUCGGGUCACCGGGUCACGGCCACCCUAAUUUUCCUCAUCCUCCUCUUCACCAUCCUCGUCACUCCGGCUGACGUCAUCGUGUUUGUCCGUACCACACAGACGGCAGCCGGAACAGCAGCAGCAGCAGUAGCCACAAGGAGUAGCCACACGUUUGAGUUUCUCAUUCGUCUGUCCAACGUUCUCCUCUUGACAAACUUCUCAGUCAAUUUCAUCCUCUACUGCGCUGUCAACACUCAGUUUAGGACCUCACUUCGCUACCUCGUUACUUGCCAGGUUUUCAAACAGUUUAAGAGAUUCACAGUUGCCAGUACAUCUGCAACGACGAAUCUUACCACAGCUGCCGGCUGCGUUAAUGUGGCUGCUACCAACUACUUGUCGUCAAAACGCUUUGAAGUUUCUUCAGUGAACAGAAGUGUGGUUGCAGACGAUGGUCUCGAUGAAAAAAGCGGGAAAUCGCUGAAGAUGAAAUCUUUUCAGGGGAAGAAUAAUACAAAGAAGGCUGUUGGGGAAGAUACUUUUAUUGGUGGUCAACAUGAAGAUUGUGGUGGUGGCAGUAGUAGUGGAGCUGCUGUGGCUACUGCUGUGAUGCUGAAAUGCUGUGAUGCUGUUGAUGCUGAAAUGUGA